AUGACGCGCGAAGAGCCUUCUUGGGAAGUGUUUUUGAAGGAUUUGAAGCAACAAUGUGAAGAUAAUAAUGGAUCUAAGACUAUCAGCGUCAUUGUUUUCUGUGAAGAAGAGGAUACUUUGAAACAAUUCUUCAAGUACAUCGAUGCGAUAGAUGAAAGUUCGAAUUCAAACUUGCUCCAAGAAGUUCCAGUGGUGUUAUCGCCGAUAGGUUAUUAUACAAAAGAGAUUACUACGGAUCAGGGAUGGCAAGUGGAACUCAAUAUAUCAUGCAUGCCUCCACCUUGGAAAACAACUUCUAUUGACCUAAUACCGCUACUUCUAAAAAGUGAAGAUCCCAAAAGUAGUAUGUGCUUCAUCCUGUUGGUAGACUGGGUCAAAGAGGAUCAAUCGUAUUGGUUAGAAGAUAUGAAUGAAUUAUUCACCAAGUGCAAUCAAAUUCAGCCCGAUGUAAGCAAACACAACUCAUUGAUGAUGAUUAAUAGCGACUACUGCAAACACUUAGAGACCACUCAUGCAAGAUGGUCUGCUAGUACUGUUGAUUUCAUGCACCAAAGCUUAAGAAUCAUGGCUCUGAACCUUGGACUCAGCGUAUACUCCGACAAAAAUGAUAGUGUUUUGGCCACUAAAAGCGCUGCAGGAAUUCCACUUACGGGGGAGGAGCGCAAAGAGCUCAGCGAUCUAGUACAUUUGGAGAGCUUAAACAUAAUACAAGGCUCUGAUUCCCUGAGCAAAAUCUCUAUGAUUGACGAGAGCUUCCCAACAUCGGCUUAUAGUAAAGAUUUGGAUAAGUUGAGACAAGACUAUGCUAAUACAAUACCACAAAUGAAAACAAGAGAUAACAAGGCCACAGUUGAAACCUCAGACACUCAAGAAUCGGUUGCAAUUCCCGACGUCCAAGAACAACUGGAGCAUCUAUAUAAUUUACAAAAGAAGCAAUCUUCCACCAAGAGAUUACAACAACACCAACAGCAGCAGUUAGAUUCUCACCAGAGCGUAAUACAGGAAACAAUCACCACUGCCAUUAUGAAUGGUGGCAAACAUGACUAUAAUAACGAGGCGUUAGAAGCUGCUACGAUCUCUCCUGGUGAAGACGAUGAUGCACUUGAUUCUUUAGUCGACAAUAUCGUACAAAGGCAUCAGAUAUCUUAG